CGGUGGCGGGAAUUUCGCCUGCGUCUGAUUUAGACCUCACCGACGCCGGGAUUGUAGUCCCGGCAGCUGGGGGCGGAUCUCCGGCACCUAUAGUGUGUGCAGGACAGGAAGUAAAUAAUGGAUAACUAUUCCGCCUCGCCGACGUUCCUGACCGACAGCUUGGAACUGGAGCUGGGGACAGAAUGGUGCAAACCUCCUUGUUUUUCCUGUGGUUUUGACAACCGAGGAGGAGGAAAUCAUUUUUCUGUGGAGUCCUACCUUUCUAGCGGAGCCAUUAAGCGAUUAAUUUUGAAUCUUGAUCCUUUACCAACUAAUUUCGAGGAAGAUACAGUGGAAAUAUUUGGCAUUCAGUGGGUUACUGAAACAGCAUUAGUGAAUUCAUCUAGAGUGCUCUUCCAUUUAUUCAGGCAACGGCUAUACAACUUGGAAACCUUAUUACAGGCCAGCUGUGAUUUUGGGAAGAUAUCAAUCCUACACAGCAAAGCAGACAAUAUUAGACAGCAGUGCGUGACAUUUCUUCAUUAUGUUAAAGUUUUCAUCUUUAGGUACCUGAAAGUACAGAAUGCUGAGAGUCAUGAUCCUGUCUAUCCCUAUGAGACUUUGGAGGCACAACUUCCCUCUGUGUUGGUGGAUGAACUUCAUGGAUUACUCUUAUAUGUUGGACAUCUAUCUGAACUUCCCAGUAUUAAUCCAGGAGCAUUUGUAAAUCAAAACCAGAUUAAGCUUUAUCCACCAUCAUGGCAUUUAUUACAUCUUCACUUAGAUAUCCAUUGGCUGGUGCUAGAAAUUCUUCACAUGCUUGGUGAAAAAUUGAAACAGGUUAUAUAUGGUCAUCAGUUUAUGAAUCUGGCAGGUGACAAUUUAACUAAUGUCAGCCUAUUUGAAGAACAUUGUGAAAAUCUCCUUUGUGAUUUAAUAAGCCUGUCACUCAGCAGGUAUGACAAGAUCAGGCCUUCUGAAGCAUUAAUGAGUCACCACUGCCCGUGUUCAUGCAUUAAAGAAUUAUGGGUUCUACUCAUUCAUCUUCUAGAACACAGAAGUAAAUGGUCUCUUUCAGAAUCAUUUUGGAACUGGUUGAAUAAACUACUUAAGACACUCUUUGACAAAUCAAGUGACCAAAGACGACCUGUGCUUAUAAUCCAGCCCAGGGAUCCAUUAGGUUUUAGUUGGUGGAUCAUCACUCACGUAGCAUCAUUUUACCAGUUUGAUCGCCAUGGAACACCAGAUGAAAUGAGACAAAUGGAAUCAAAUUGGAAUUUUGUAGAAGAACUGCUAAAAAAGUCCAUCAAUGUUCAGGAUGGUAUACCAGAAGAACAAUUACGAAUGCAUCUACACUGUUGUUUGACACUUUGUGAUUUCUGGGAGCCAAACAUUGCAAUUGUCACCAUUCUAUGGGAAUAUUAUAGUAAGAACCUGAAUAGUUCUUUCAGCAUUUCUUGGCUUCCUUUGAAAGGCCUUACACAUAUCAUUAAGUCACCCUUGUCUAUGCUAGAAAUGGUGAAGACCUGCUGUUGUGAUAAACAAGAUCAUGACCUGUAUAAAUCCAGCAGUAGUUAUACCAUUUUCCUUUGCAUUUUGGCAAAAGUUGUUAAAAAAGCAAUGAAGAACAAUGGCCCUCAUCCUUGGAAACAAGUCAAAGGAAGGAUAUAUUCUAAAUUCCAUCAAAAAAGAAUGGAAGAAUUAACUGAAGUUGGUCUUCAGAACUUUUUCAACCUUUUUCUACUAUUAGCAGCUGUCACAGAGGUGGAAGAUGUAGCAAGUCAUGUGUUAGGCCUCCUGAAUUUCCUCAAGCCUUCUUUUAUAACGUCUCCCCUCAUUUGGAAGGGUCAAGUGGCCUUCCUCUUAAUGUAUACCCAGAAAAAUCUGGACAUUGAUGUUUUGGCUGAGAAACUUUCAGGUACUUUCCGAGAGAAAGCAAAAGAAUUCUUGGUAUCUAAGAAUGAUGAAAUGGGACAAAGACAGACUCUCUGGACACUUAUUUCUAUCUAUAUUGAUGGUGUUCAAGAAGUGUUUGAGACUAGCCAUUGCUUGCAUCCUUCCCAUGAAAAACUGCUUAAUGAUGGAUUUAGUAUGCUUCUACGAGCUUGUCAAGAAUCUGAACUUAGGACGGUGUUGAGCUUUCUACAAGCUGUUCUGGCCAGAAUCAGGAGUAUGCAUCAACACUUGUGUCAGGAACUUCAGAAGGAGAAUGUGGACCUAACUGCGCAGUCUUCAUUAUCGGCUAAAGAGCGCCACCUUGCUGCAGUUGCCUGUGCACUAUGGAGACAUUUCUUUUCAUUUUUGAAGAGUCAGAGAAUGUCACAGAUAGUGCCUCUCUCAGAACUUGCGGACGCAGCUGCAGAUUUUACUUUGCUAGCAUUGGACAUGCCCAGCACAGCUCCAUCAGAUCUUCAGCCUCAGCCAGUUAUAUCAUUGAUACAGCUUUUUGGUUGGGAUGAUAUCAUCUGGCCCCAGGUUGUAGCAAGAUAUUUAAGUCAUUGCCUACAAAAUAGCAUGUUAUGUGAAGCACUUUCUCAUUCAGGCUGUGUAUCUUUCCAAGCCUUAACUGUAAGAUCAUGGAUUCGUUGCAUUUUGCAAAUGUAUAUAAAAAACUUCCAUGUGCCUGAUGAUUUGUUCAUUGACAUAAAUCCUGGACAGGCAGUUGAAAAAGAGUACUUGGGACAGUUGGCUGAACUGACAAGGUUGCUAUUUCAACUCUCAGAAGUAAAGAAUAUUUUUUCAAAGGCUCAAGUUGAAUAUUUUUCCAGUCCAGAAGACCCUACGAAAGCACUUGUUCUGUUUUUUGAGGCUGUUGGUAUUACUUAUGGGAAUCUGCAGACACUUUCUGAUAAAUCUGCCAUGGUCACAAAGUCCUUAGAAUACCUUGGUGAAAUAUUAAAAUAUAUAAAACCCUACUUGGGAAAAAAAAUUUCUAGUGUAGGACUGCAAUUGACUUACAGGAUGAUGGGAAUUCUUGUUAAAUCAUGGGCACAGAUCUUUGCCACCUCCAAAGCCCAAAACCUGCUAUUCCGGAUCAUAGAUUGUUUACUGCUGCCACACACAGUGUUACAGCAAGAGAAGGAGCUGCCUGCACCCAUGUUGAUCGCAAUUCAAAAGAGUCUUCCUUUGUAUCUCCAGGGCAUGUGCAUUGUAUGUUGUCAGUCUCAGAAUCCAAAUGCUUAUCUGAACCAGUUACUAGGGAAUGUUAUUGAACAGUACAUCGGGCGAUUUCCAACAGCUUCACCACAUGGUGUAGGUCUUGGACAACACCCCAUUUUGUUGGCAUUGAGAAACUCCGCCGCUGUUCCACCAAUGUCACUUCUAAAGAAAUGCAUUAUACAAGUCAUAAGGAAGUCCUACUUUGAGGGUAAAGGGUCCCUGCUCCCUCCUCGCUUGGCAUCUAUCCUGGCCUUCACCCUCCAGCUCUUCAAAGAAACUAACAUAGACAUUUCUGAAGUCGAAUUGCUCCUACCUGGCAUCUUAAAAUCAUUGGUGUUGGUCAGCGAACCCCAAGUGAAAAGGCUGGCCACAGAGAACCUGCAAUACAUGGUAAAAGCCUGCCAAGUGGGGUCAGGAGGAGAACCCGCCGCCCAGCUGACUUCUGUGUUUAGGCAUUUUAUCCAGGAUUAUGGGAUGAGAUAUGAUUAUCAGAUUUACAGCAUUUUAGAAACAGUGGCAGCAUUGGAUCAGCAGGUUGUUAUCCACUUGCUUUCUACCCUCACUCAGUGUCUGAAAGAUUCAGAGAGGAAAUGGGGCCUUGGCAAAAAUAUCGCACAACGGGAAGCCUAUAGCAAACUUUUAUCUCACCUAGGACAAGUGGGACAAGAUGAAAUGCAGAGACUGGAGAGUGAUAAUACCUAACAUAUUUUGUGACUUGCCUUCUCUAUUAUAACUGUCUGAAGCCACUUUGCAGCAUUCUGAUUCAUACUUCUAAUUAAUUAUAUAAUGUUCUGUUAAAAAUAUUUUCUAGGAUUUUU